CCUCCCGAGAGCUCUUGAUCAACACAACAGCCUACGAUUACAAGCAAGCCACGCCUGCAAACUCGCUUUGUCUACGAAUAUCUCACGUCGCAUACCAUGUCCCUCGAAAACGAAGCAGUCGCCAGUGCGACCAUCGAGCUCCUCGAGGCUCGUCUAAACCGUCUCUCUUACCUCCUGACUGGCGGCACCGACUGGACGGGCGUCCCAUCAACACCAGAGAAACCCGCCUCGCUCGACGAAACAGUAUCACGUCGACUUGCUCGUUUAGAGCGGGAAUUGGAGAAAUUAAGCCGAAAUGUACCCGCUGUACGCGAUGUGAUUCAAUUGCAUGACCGCUUCCCAGACCUCUUCAACCCCCCAACCCCACACUCCAUCCCCGAAGACCUCACCCCACGAACCCUUUCUUCAAUCGUCCUCUCCUACGCAACCGCCUUUCCCGAAACCGCCUCACGCCUCACAUCCCUCAACGACCUACCCAUCCCAGACGCAACUUCCUCCGCUUCUCUAAUUGCGCUGCAACCGCAGAUGGACCGGCUCGCGCAGAAACAGGCCGAGCAGGCGGCUGUCGUGUCGGAACUGCGGGUGCGCACGGCGCGCGUGUUGCAGCGGUGGUAUGAGGUUGGAGUCGUGGGGAGUGGGGAGUGUUGGGCUGAGUGGGAGGGGAGGGUGGAGGGGGUUGAAAGGGAGAUCAGGAGGAGGGAGGUUAUUAAGGAGAAGAGGGAGAAUGAGAUUUGAGCGUUGAGAUUUGAUAUUUGGGUGUGCAGUGCUGAGCAUUUGUGUUUACUUUGAGCCUGAUUCGAUGUAUGAGGAUUGUAUAGUUGAUGGCUGGCAUGCUUGUUUUAUGAUAUCCGCGGGGCUAGGGGUUUUAGGCGCUUGGGACUUGUAUUAAUCCGUCAUAUUGUGACAAAAUAAUAGAUGAUUAUGGACACCGGAAUUCGAGUCGUCAUCACCGAUUCGCUCUCUUACGUGCAAGAUCAAGGCUGUUCGACAGCAAAUAGACCAUGGUCCCUCGUCGCGCAGCAUUCCUCAUUCUUCAUACUAUGAUGCCAACUGGAAUGUGUCCAUUCGAUGCGAGCACCUUCCCCGGAUUCCACGUUGUGAAUCCUGGC